AUGUUAAGAGCCUGGGUUUGUAUUAGUGUAACUUUCAAAGAGUCUCAAGAUGGUCGUAAAGUCAUGGCCGUAUUCGAUCUUCCUGGCGUCAAAAAGCAAGAUAUGCACGUCAGCUACCAGGGUAAAUGCCUAGUUGUGACAUGGGAAACCGUCAAGGUCACGGAGCGAAUGGAAGAGGGCACAGUGCUGCGAGACCGAGAACAGAAGAAAUUCAGCAGGACAAUUCCUCUUCCGGAGGGCACGAAGUUUGAAGAAGUCCGGGCUUCAAAAGAUCAACAGCGUCUCAUGCUCACCUAUCCGAACAUGCGUGCCGUACGCACAAAGCCUAGGCCCAUCGACGGAUCAUGA